AUGUCACCAAUCCCGAUCGUAGUCUGUGGCAGGCACCCAGGCAUUGCAAAAGCCGUUCGCGAGGGCGUCGAGCCAGAAUACGAUGUAAUCCACAUCAACCUCUCCGUGGAAGAAGCAAUCAGCUCCAUUCCUCAUAUUUUGUUAUCCAGGACACCCGCCAAUAGCACCCCCAACAUCGGCUCCAUGAACUACGGCCAGCGCCCUGCUGCCGUAGCUCUUGGAGGUGGUUUCAAUGAUGAGAUGUUUGCGCAGAUUAGAGGUUCUUGUGGAGAUGAGAAGAUGGUUUGGGUGCGCACCGACAUUACCAGGAAGGAAGAGAUGCCGGAUUUCAAUGAUCAUGAGGCCUAUGGGAAGGCGACUGCACAACGGCUGAAGAAGUGCUUGGAUGAUUUAAAGGUUGGGAAGGAGGGUGGGAAGACGGAGGGAAUGUAUUGGUUUUGA